GCUAACUGGGACAAGUAAGAAUGAUUAGUCUUAUAGAAGAAUUCCAAGCGACUGGCUGACUAAUGGAUUCUCGGUUGUCCAAAAAUUAGAAAGGUCUUUUUUAUUUAAUUUGGUGAUAGUUUGGUUGAUAUAGUUAAUUAGUUGCUCGGGAUAUAUGGUCGCAUUUCUUGGCAGAUAAGCCUGAUCGAGAUUUUUUCCAGGAGGACAUUCCACGUUGGGGUCUUCACUACCUGACAGAUCGCAGCCCCAUCGUGGACCUUCUGUUGUGUGAAGCUCGUCAAUGUCGUGAAAAUGUUGGCAAAGACAGUAUGUGCCUAGAAAGGAAAGUAUCCAGCUGUGAGUGGGUAAUGCUAGAGGAGGAAAGCCUACUACAAAUUGAACAGAAAAAUCAGCUUGAUUGAGAGAUGAUCAAGGAGCAACGGUCGACAAGUAGAUAGAUAUAAAUAGACAGCUCCACAAGUAGAGACGCACUUUUUUUAAACACUCUGUCGAGGCAAUCACGAAAGAACAGUUCAUAGUUGCGAGAUAGGGAGAAGAGAGAAGUCAGUAGCAGUUGGGGAAAUUGCUAGAAGAAUAGCGGAUAUUCUUGAUUAGGUUUGCCGGGAGUAAACCAGAUUUCGAGUCUGAUCGGUGAUGGGGAGUUUCCUGGAGAUUGUAUGUAAUUGUGAUUUGAUUACAAACAUCUAGUGGAACGUCGAAGGACUCGAUUGAGGACCUUCGAUCGUGGAUUAGUCGGUACUAAAUCAAAUAGUACCGGAUACCACGUAAAAAUUUGUGUUCUUACUUUGUCUCUAAGUUUCUUCACUUGAUCGUUGCCGCGGUGUUGGAAGCUCUGUUUUGCAGGUUUCCUCGACGAACAGGGGACUUGCCUGAAGCACGAGUCAGGGCUCUAAGUUCUGGAUCAGAAGAAACUAGGAACACACACGAAUCAGUUUCUGUGGGCUUGUCCGACUAACAAAGCCCAUUCCGAGUCAUUCUAACUUGGCCCAUCUAUUACGAUAAAUUUGUUUGUUUUAUUUUAUUAUUGUGUUUGUUAUUAUUGACCCUGUCAAUUAUCUUUCAUUCCCAAUCCGUGUUUCAGAGAACGAAAAAUUAGGGUUUGAGAUCGGGAUAAAGGAGAAAGUCUCGCGCUCGACCACCCAACAAGUGGUAUCAGAGCCUGGUCGCCGGCAAUCAAGCCUUAACAACCUCCGACGAGAAUGAGUUCGAGUGCAGGCAACGGCAACGGUAUCUACAUGGCGGAUGGUUUCUCGCAGACACGUCCUCCCAGAUUCGAAGGUGUCAACUACGGGUAUUGGCAGAAUCAGAUGGAGCUCUUCAUCGGCUCAACAGAUCCAGACUUGUGGAAUAUCGUGCUCGACGGACCGCUGGAAGUCAAGAAGACUCGGGGAAAAUGGUCGGAAUAGGAUAAGAAGAACUUUCAACUCAAUUCCAAGGCGACCAAUCUGAUGUACUGUGCCUUGGGACCCUAUGAGUACCAUCGAGUGACUGGUUGCAAGACAGCCAAGGAGAUCUAGGACAAGUUGCAGAUAGCACAUGAAGGUACUUCACACGUCAAAAUUUCCAGAAUAAAUAGUCUCAAGCAGGAUUUCGAAUUGUUUGUCAUGAAGCCAGACGAAUCAAUUAAGGAAAUGAACGAUAGGUUCAUGAACAUAGUUAACAGUCUCAGAAAUCUGGAAGUAGACUAUCCCGGUGCUAAUUUGGUGAGAAAAAAUUUCUGGGCAAUACCUAAAAGAUGGACUCCGAAGGUCACUGCCAUUGAAGAAUCGAAGGACUUGACCAAGCUAAGUCUCGAUGAGCUGAUGGGAUCGCUGGUAACCCACGAGGAGAAGCUCAGAAGAGAAGAGGAGAAGAUUCAAGAAAGGAAAGGAAAGGAACUGCUUUCAAAGCAAUUUCACAUGAUGAUGAACUCGAUGCAUUCGAUAAGCUGGAAGACGAAGAGCUAGCACUGCUUAGCAAACAUGUGGCAAAGCUACUCAGGCUGAGAAAGGAAAGAAGGAGAGGGGCACUGGUCAACAAAUCUAAAGAUGGAGAUGCUGAGAACGAUCAAGCAAAGGUGUCAAAAAUAAGCGGAAGAAAAAACAAUGGUGAAAGAACACUGACUUAGGGAGGGUGCUUCAAAUGUGGCCGAGCUGGGCACAUAAAGGCGGAAUGUCCACAGUUGAAGAAAGAAAAAGCAUAUGCAGCUACCUGGAGCUGCAGUGAAGAAGAUGAUGAGUCAGACACAAAUUAUAAGCAAGAGGCAUACAUGGCAAUUGAUAACAGUGAGGAUGAACGCGGCGUGGCUAAGGUAACAUCCUCUAACUAUUAUUCUGACUAUUAUGGCGAAAAUAAUCAGAUGAUAGAAACAAUUAGAGAAAUUCAACUGGAAUUUGGAAAUGUCAAAAGUAGAUAUGGUAAGUUGAAAAGAGACCAUCUAGAGCUACAAAAAAAAAUAUCAAAAGUUGCUAGAUGACAAGUUAGUUACUGAUCUAAAGCUAGAGGAAAGUAAAAAACUGUGUGAAAUACUAGAAAUCAAGGUAGCUGAAACAGAAGGUAGAAAACAGUGUCAGCAUGAUGAUACCUCAUGUCAAAAUGUUAGAGUGAGCAAAAUCGAAGUCAGAAACACAGUUGAAUGCUUCUACUGUCAUCAAAAGGGGCAUUACAUAGCUAAUUGCAAGAGAAGAAUUGCAAAAGAAGAAAGAAUGAAAACUCAGACAUGUUUUACAUGUCACAAAGAAGGUCGUAUAAAAAGGAAUUGCCCUCAAUUAAGAUUAAAACUAGGAUUGUCCAAACUUGUUUGGAUACCCAAACUGAAUUAGCUGUCUCUUUAAUCAAGUCUGUCUCCAAGUGGGCAUGGAAGACAGUGAAUGGAUUCUUGAUAGCGGUUGCUCACACCACAUGACUGGAAACGAAAAUCUCUUCACAAAUCUUCACAAAAUUAAAAAGGGUAAAGUUUACUUUGGUGAUAACUAUAGUACUGAUAUUUUAGGUAGAGGUCAAGUAGGAUCGAACCCCUCCAUCAAAAAUUUCAUGUUUGUUAAAGGUCUAAAGCACAAUCUGUUUUCUAUCGGUCAAAUGUGUGGAAACACUAAUAGAGUGGUUUUUGAACCUGAUCGUUGUUAUGUUGAAAAUAUCCUAACUAGUCAAGUGCUUUUCACUGGAAGAAGGAAAGAAAAACUGUUUUGUAUAGACUUAAAUGAUAAAAGUCAGUUUAAUGAAACCUGUCUUGUGUCAAUAGAUAAGAACGAUCAGUUGGAGUGGCAUAGAAGGUUAGGCCACGUAGGAGUUGGAACUCUCUCGAAGUUAGUAAGCCUGGAUUUAGUAACAGGAAUUCCCAAAAUUCACUGCAAGAAAGAAUUCUUUUGUGAAGCAUGUGCUAAGGGAAAACAAGUCAGAAGUACGUUCAAAAGUAAACAAAUCAUUUCAACAACUAAAGUUUUGGAAUUGCUUCAUUUGGAUUUGUUCGGACCAAGCAAUGUAAAAAGUCUUGGUGGGAAAUUUUAUGCAUUCGUAAUAGUAGAUGAUUACUCAAGAUUCACUUGGGUACUUUUUCUGACUAAUAAGAGUGAUGCAUUUCAGAGUCUUAAAGUGCCAAUAAAACGACUUGAAAAUGAAAACUUUUGUAAUGACUCGCGCAUCUCUCACAAUUUUUCAGCUCCUAAGACUCCUCAGCAAAACGGAGUACUGGAAAGAAAGAAUAGGACUCUGAUAGAUAUUGCCAGAACCAUGUUAAACGACUAUGGUGUUCCUAAGAAAUUAUGGGCAGAAGCCAUUAACACUGCUUGUUAUGUUGUAAACAGAGCAUUAAUUAGAUCCAAAUUAAACAAGACCCCUUAUGAACUUUGCAAAGGAAGAAAACCCAACUUGAGCUGCUUUCAUCCAUUUGUGUGCAAGUGUUUCACCUUAAAUACAAAAGAUAAGCUAGGGAAGUUCGACUCUAAGUCAGAUGAAUCGAUAUUUUUAGGAUACUCAAACCAGAGUAGAGCUUAUAGGAUUUUUAAUCAACGGACCCUCAAAGUCGAGGAGUCCAUUAAUGUGGUAUUUGAUGAGUCUGUGAGUGUAAGUACAGCUACCAUAGAUGAUGAAGAUGAUCUGGGACUUGGCAGCUCGAUUUCCAUAGUUCAGGACAGGGCAAGAAUGGAAUCUGGAGAAAACAAUGAGUCAACUGCUGAUACAGGUGACAAGACUAAGGAGCUGCAAGCACCACCCCACAUUCAAAAGCGGCAUCCAGUGUCUCAAGUAAUUGGAAACUUGAACCAAGGUAUGACCACUAGAUCUCAAUCUGCAUCUGCUCAUACUGCCUUUGUGUCUCUAGUCGUACCUAAGAACAUUGAGGAAGCCUUGCUUGAUGAGUUUUGGAAUGCUUCUAUGCAAGAUGAAUUAGGGAAGUUUGAAAGAAUUAAGGUGUGGGACUUGGUCCCUAAACCUGUGGACAGAGUCCCUUUAGGAACUAAAUGGGUUUAUAAAAAUAAAUCAGAUGAAAUAGGCAAUAUAACUCGAAAUAAAUUCAGACUAGUGGUUCAAGGUUACUGUCAAGAAGAAGGUAUAGAUUUUGAUGAAACGUUUGCGCCUGUAGCUAGAUUAGAAGCUGUAAGACUUCUUUGUGCGUAUGUAGCUUCUAAAGGAUUUAAAUUAUUUCAAAUGGACGUAAAAAGCGCCUUUUUAAAUGGGGAUUUAAAGGAAGAAGUAUAUGUCACUCAGCCCCCUGGUUUUGAAAAUCAUCAGUUUCCAGACCAUGUAUAUAAAUUGAACAAAGCUUUGUAUGGUCUUAAACAAGCACCUAGGGCAUGGUACGAUAAACUUAGUUCCUUCCUAGUUAAUGAUGGGUUUCAUAGAGGUUAUGUAGACAAGAUGUUGUUUAUUAAAACCGAAGGAGAACACACUAUUUUGGUACAGGUCUAUGUUGACGACAUCAUUUUUGGGUCAACUAGUAUUGAAAUGUGUAAAGCCUUUGAAAAUACAAUGAAGAACACUUUUGAAAUGAGCAUGAUGGGCAAACUGAGUUAUUUCUUAGGAUUACAAGUAAAAAAAACUUCGAAAGGGAUUUUUAUUAGUCAAACCAAAUAUUUGAAUAAUAUGCUAAAGAGGUUUGAACUAGGUAAUUUAAAAACUGCCCUUACCCCCAUGGGGUCUUCUGUAAAAUUGACUAAGGAUGAGUCUGGUGUCAAGAUCAGUGAUCGAAUGUUUCGUGGAAUGAUAGGAUCCUUGCUCUACCUAACGGCUAGCCGUCCGGAUAUCUUAUACAAUGUUUGUGUGUGUGCUCGAUUCCAGAGUUCUCCUAGAGCCAGCCAUCUAUCAGCUGUAAAAAGAAUCUUUAGAUAUCUUUCGGGAACUCAGUCCUUAGGAUUGUGGUACUCCAAGGAUUCUAGUCUAGAUUUAGAAGGGUAUAGCGAUGCAGACUUUGCUGGAUGCAUUGAUGAUCGUAAGAGCACGUCUGGUACGUGCCACUUCCUUGGAACUUCCUUGGUUUCGUGGGCUAGUAAGAAACAAAACUUAGUAGCACUAUCGACUGCUGAGGCAGAAUAUGUGGCUGCUGGUUUGUGUUGUUCCCAAGCUUUGUGGCUUAAAUCUCAACUCAUAGAUUAUGGUCUUCGUCCUAACUCGAUUCCAGUACUGUGUGAUAACACAAGUACUAUUAACAUGUCGAAAAACCCUAUUCAGCACUCACGCACCAAACAUAUCGAGAUUAGGUAUCAUUUUACUAGAGAUCUAGUUCAGGAAGGGAAGGUCCAGCUGGAAUUUAUAGGGACUGAUAUGCAGUGGGCUGACAUAUUUACUAAACCACUUAGCAGUGAUAAAUUCCUUCCAAUCACGAGAGAAUUAGGGUUUUUUAAUCAUGACGACAUCUUCACCUUCUAGAUUAACCUGCAGUUAUGACAACCUUCCUUUCCUUCUAGAGGUUUUCUUCAAUCAAUUAGGGUUUCUGAUCUCACUCCUUACAUAUUGCUCUCUGUCCAACAGUUUAAAAGGCAGACGGUUGAUAUCCUUUCUUCAUCCUUCAUCAAACCCACUUCUAUUCAGUUCCUUAAGCUUCCUCCAAACACCCAAUCAUGGUGAUCACCAAUCCACAACUGCACCCUGUAGUUGAGUUCAACAAUCAGGGGUUCCGAACUGGUCGCGAGUAUGCCAGAUACUUGUGGAGCUUUCGUGAUCGUCCCAUUCACCCAUCCUUUACCAUUCAGCCUUCUGCGUUCAACAAAUAUCGGAUGGAUCUUCCUUCCUUGUUGAAUGGUCUUGGCUGGAGUUCUUUGGUAGAAGACCAACGAUUCAGCUUCUGUCUUGAAGCAGUCAGGAUGUUCUAUCUCCCUCACUCCGGGCUUCAAGCAAGCUUUGAUGGGGAGUUUCAUGAUCUGGGGUUUGACCUUUUAGGUUCUGUGACUCAACUUACUCAAGAUAUCGGUCGGUAUUUUCCUCAUCAUCUGGCUGUCGGUCGGCUCCCCGAUGAUUUAAAGGUGUUUCAUUGGUUUAUCACCAGAUGCUGGCUCCCACGUGACUUGAGUAGCUCCGUUGUGCUCCACCCCAAGGAUCUCUGGAUCCUGUCGAACGCACGAGCCCGGUUGCACUUCGACAUGCGUGACAAGGUAACCCUAUGCAAUGUGCUCGAGGAUUUGCGCUCGAAUCACAUUCUCAUUCGUCUGGAUGCUGACAUUGGUCGUCGUAAGCUCGUUACUGGCUCAGGGGGAGGAUCUGGUAGUUUUCCUGCCAGUUCAGAGGAAACCACCCUUGAUCAGGUCCCAGCGCUGGUUCCGGUGUUAAUCAGUGCUGCCGUUUCGGCCAUUGAUGCUGAAGUUUUGAGAAUCAAAACUAUUGGGACAAAUCAAGAUGAUUUGAGCAGAGCCUCGAUUAGGUUGAUGGUAUGCAAAGAACGGAUGGAACUUAUGCAAACACCCCAAGGAGAUCUGGAGGAUGAGGCUGUGCUUGCUCCAGAAAACUUUGACCCUAUGUCCUCGGAAUUCGGGACUGAUGAUGACAUUUCAGACUAUGAGUCUCCACCGAAAUACCCCUUCUAGGUCUAGGAGAGAUGUCUUUAGCUUAGGGAGAGCAAACUUGGUCAAUUAAGUUUGUAGUGUCGGUUAGUUUUGUCGUCGUUGGUUGAGUAUGCAGUGUUAGUCUGUUGGUUCUAUAGUUACUUGGUCAACUGAGUCAUGUGUGGUAAUUUCUUCGAAUGCAAUGAAACUAAAAGUCUCCC